AUGGCGUCCUUUCAGAACAACAUUGUUUACGGUCCUUCGUUUUUCACUGAGGAUGAUAUUCCUGGCAGUUCGUUGGAUGGAAGAAAUCCGAAUCGAUUGAAAAAUUCCGAAUUAAAGUUUUGGUUGAAGUGUCGUGGCUAUUCGUGUAAAGGAUUGUCAACCAAAGCUCAACUUUGUAAGCGGUAAGUUUCGAGACCAAACAGUAAGCUUAGCGUCGUUGCUAUGGCCUAGAGUCUCAAAUAUUUCCAUUAUUUUACAGGGUAAACGAGUACUUGGAGGCAAACAUAACCCACCUCCUUGUUGAUCCGGACGAAAAUGUCAUUUAUACCAGGCGUCAAAGACGACUUCUCGGUGGUCAGGAUAAUUCUACUAAUCCAAACUUACCUCCGGUCGACGAGCCACCUCACAACACAAAGAAGGUAGCUUUUCCUGCAAAUGGAUGGGGAACGUCUCUGGAAAAAAGUCCACUGUUUACCCGUGCAGAAAUGGAUCGUCAUAUUUCCAAAUCAGGGAAAAAGCACGGUAACAGCGCAGAUAAUCACACGUUGCCCACAGGACUGCGGAAAGCGAAGGGUUUUCUUGCUGAUGAAUACCUUCAUGAGAUACAAACCUAUCACGAUGAAAGGUAUUUCUAUUAUCGCGCCAAGUGUUUUCACAGUUUCAAAACUCGUGAAGAGCCACAUAAUUUGAAACUUGCACUUUGUAUUGUUUCUGGAGAAGUCGAGCAUGCAUAUUGUGGGCCAAGUUGUGCAGCUGGAAAGUCAGGAUUCUGCAACCAUGUCCUGGCUUUCAUGAUGAAAGUAUGUAAAUACUCAUUGUUUAACUGUAAGGAUGUUCGGGACCUGAGAGAUGAAGAAGAUGAAAACCCGAGCACAGCAUGUACUUCUGCCUUGCAGAGCUGGCACCGAUCAAGACUUGACGGGAUCCAUGCCCAGCCUGUUAUGGAAGUAGUGAUUUCCAAUCCAGUAAACAGUGCUGAUAAAAACAAGAAGACUGGGGUGACUUGCCUACUAACCGAAGCAAGGAGAGGAGAAAGUGACACUAAUGGAAAACUUAAAAAUUUAAUUGAAUCUCUUGAGCAGCAUAGCUCAAAAAUAGGUAUUACACAAGUUGUCGACACUGCUAGUCUUGAUACUUUGCCUACUGUGGACACUCGCUUUGGAAAAUGUCCAGUUGGAUCAUAUGGAUCAUACCAGCUAUCCUUCACAGAGUCUAAUUUCUCUUACAUAAGCUCGUUUGAUGGAUCUCAAGAGGUUGCUCACUGCACAGCAACUGAAUUCCCCGCUUACCCCUCUUUUCCUUUGGAUGAAUGUAAUGGCUCUUUAGUUCCACCAGACAAUCUAACUGAGAAAGAGCAGGAACUGCUAAGGAGUCUUAAUGUAAAUGUUAUCAAGGCCAACAAAAUAGAAGAAAAGACAAGAGAGCAGGCGGAGUGUGUGGAAUGGAUGCAAGAACGCAAAAACAGAUUUACCGCAUCUAACUUUGGGAAAAUUUCAAGGAGGCAAAGGAACCAUAAGAAGUUUGUUGAAGAUCUUUUG